GGCAGAGACAGAGACACAGAGACAGAGGCAGAGACAGAGACAGACAGAGACAGAGGCAGAGACAGACAGAGACAGAGACAGAGAGACAGAAACAGAAAGACAGAGGCAGAGACAGAGACAAAGACAGAGACACAGAGACAGAGGCAGAGACAGAGACAGACAGAGACAGAGGCAGAGAUAGAGAGACAGAGACACAGAGACAGAGACAGAGACACAGAGACAGACAGAGACAGAGGCAGAGACAGAGACAGAGGCAGAGACAGACAGAGGCAGAGACAGAGGCAGAGGCAGAGACAGAGGCGGAGGCAGAGACAGAGGCAGAGGCAGAGACAGAGACAGAGACAGAGACAGAGACAGAGACAGAGGGCGCUCUCCAGCAGCUGUCUGGCUAACUGGCCAUUCCCCCCCAAUCUCAUUCUCUCCAUGAAGGAUGAAGGGGAGGUCCGGGAUUCCAACGGCCUUCCCUCCCUCCCUCGCCCCUGCAGGAUUAGCCAUGUCACUCCCCAUCGAUCCCUUGGGGCCGAGGAUGAGUCCAGAGGAGCUAGUGAGCCAGACCCGGCAAGUGGUCCAAGGUCUGGAGGCCUUGAGGGCAGAGCACCGAGGCUUGGCGGGACGACUCCAGGACGCCCUGACGGAGGCUGGGGCCGGGUCGGAGGGAGAGACCUUCCCGGGUCUGGAUCUGCUGAAGGAGAAACACCACGCUCUUAGCCAGUCCCUGGAGGCCAUUGAGCUGGGACUGGGAGAGGCCCAGGUCCUGCUCGCGCUGUCCACGCAUGUGGGGGCUCUGGAAGCGGAGAAGCAGCGGCUGCGAGCCCAAGCCCGGCGCCUGGCCCAGGAGAACUCGUGGCUCCAGGAGGAGCUGGAGGAGACGCGGCGGCGGCUGAGGGCCAGCGAGGAGGCCGUGGCGCAGCUGGAGGAGGAGAAGAGCCACCUGGAGUUCCUGGGCCAGCUGCGGCGCUACGACACGCUGGAGGAGGAGGAGGGGCACAAUGACGCCAAGGAGAAGACAGAAGGACGCCGAGACAGCCUCUCUUCUCUGUUCCCCAGUGAGGACAAGAAAAGUCCCGAGGCAUUUGGUGCGGCGGCCGCACAGCAAGGGGGCUACGAGAUCCCGGCCCGCCUGAGGACGCUGCACAACCUGGUCAUCCAGUACGCGGGGCAGGGUCGUUACGAGGUGGCCGUCCCCCUGUGCCGCCAGGCCUUGGAGGACCUGGAGCACACCUCGGGCCACUGCCACCCCGACGUGGCCACCAUGCUGAACAUCCUGGCCCUGGUGUACCGGGACCAGAACAAGUACAAAGAGGCCACAGAACUUCUUCAGGAUGCCCUGCAGAUCCGCGAGCAGACCCUGGGGCCCGAGCACCCGGCAGUGGCAGCCACCCUGAACAACCUCGCCGUGCUGUACGGAAAACGGGGUCGCUACCGAGAGGCGGAGCCCCUUUGCCAGAGGGCCCUGGAGAUCCGAGAGAAGGUCUUGGGUGCUGACCACCCGGACGUGGCAAAGCAGCUGAACAACCUGGCCCUGCUGUGCCAGAACCAGGGCAAGUUUGAGGAGGUGGAGAAGCACUACGGGCGGGCGCUGGCCAUCUACGAGGCCCUGGGCGGCCCCGACGACCCUAACGUGGCCAAGACCAAGAACAACCUGGCCUCAGCUUACCUGAAACAGAACAAGUACCAACAGGCAGAAGAGCUCUACAAGGAGAUUCUCAGCGGGCAGGACCUCCCGGCCCCCCUGGUGAAUCCCGGCAUCGGAGCCUCUGGGGACAAGGAGCCUCAGGUCCUGCGCCGCAGCACCUCCUUUUCCAAGCUCCGGGAGUCCAUCCGCCGCGGGAGUGAGAAGCUGGUGUCCCGCCUGCGGGGCGACGGAUCCUCGGGGAUGAAGCGGGCUAUGUCCCUCAGUGUACUCAAUACGGAGGAGCCCAGAACCAGCAGGAACCAGGCGCUGGGCCGGCAGCUGAGCCGGAUGCGGCCGCUGAGCACCAGCACCCAGGACCUGGGCCUCCCUCUGGACCAGCACUAGCGGCCGGGCCGGCCCGGGAGCCUCAGGAGCGUGGCGGCGGCGUGGGCGCCACCUUCCUCACCCCUCCCCUUCCACCUAUAUUUAUUGUAUUUAUACCCACCUCGAGGAGUCCUCAGCCGGGGCUGAAGCCUCGGAGAUAAAACCAAUCCACCUCCUCGCCCCGGCCUUUGCCGUCUUUGGGAAGCAUCGAGGGCGCCCCCUCCCCUCCCGGGCCUCCGUUUCCCCAUCUGCAGGUUAAAGGGUCCCCAUCCUCGGGUCAGUGGGAGUCCGGUUCUAGGACCUCGAGAGCUAGACCUAGAAGGGGCUCUGGGAGUCACCCAAAAGGGGGGGGCAGAGGAGGGAGGGGGCCCUGGCUACGGAUGCCCCACCACAGGCAGUGUGGCAGGGAGCACCUUCCCCAACGGCCUGGGUUCAAAUCCUGCCUCUGGAGGGGAGGGGAACGCCUUUUUCCCAUUUAAUCACUGGUUACUGCAGCAGGAGCAGGGUUCCCCCUUUCUCUCAUUCCCCAUUCAGAACCAGUUACCCAGGCCCAGAGUCACAGAGGCGAGGGGGCUCAGCCGGCCUAGAUGGGGCUCCUCCCGGGGGUCAGACAGGAGGGAGGGAAACAGGUCCCCGAGGGAGACGGGGCUGACCCGGGCCGGGCCCCUCCCACCUCCCCCCACAGUAACCAAUCGGAGCUCAUCGCCUCUCCCUGGGAGACUUCCAUCAGCUGUCAUGAGGGCCUAGAGAAAGGCCAAAGGACCAUCCUUUUAUGAAUAACGCACUGGCUUUAAUAAUAAAAGAUUCAGUUACUCCGGCA